ACAGCCUAUUAGCUAUUGAUGCAAGAAUGCUUGUUCUCAGAGCCACCACGACUUGAGCGGGAGCCUUCUUGGAAGCCUCAUCAAGAGGAAUGGCGGCCCUAGAUAGUAAGGCAUCAGGAAAGAUGGGGAUGCGAGCUGUAGUCUAUUACAUGACUACGACCAUCAUUGCCGUGGUGAUUGGCAUAAUCAUUGUUAUCAUCAUCCAUCCUGGGAAGGGCACAAAGGAAAACAUGCACAGAGAAGGCAAAAUUGUACAAGUGACAGCUGCAGACGCCUUCCUGGACUUGAUCAGGAAUAUGUUCCCUCCAAAUCUGGUGGAAGCUUGCUUUAAACAGUUUAAAACCAACUAUGAGAAGAGGAGCUUUAAAGUGCCCAUCCAGCCCAAUGAAACACUCAUGGGCGCCGUGAUAAACAAUGUUUCAGAAGCCAUGGAGACUCUGACGAGGAUCACAGAAGAGUUAGUCCCAGUCCCAGGGUCUGUGAACGGGGUCAAUGCCCUGGGACUAGUUGUCUUCUCCAUGUGCUUCGGAUUUGUGAUUGGAAACAUGAAGGAGCAGGGCCAGGCCCUGCGAGAGUUCUUUGAUUCUCUCAACGAAGCCAUCAUGAGAUUGGUAGCAGUGAUCAUGUGGUACGCCCCUCUGGGCAUACUCUUCCUGAUUGCAGGGAAAAUUGUUGAGAUGGAAGACAUGGGAGUGAUCGGGGGACAGCUGGCCAUGUACACAGUGACAGUCAUCGUGGGCUUGCUCAUCCAUGCCGUCAUCGUCCUACCCCUCCUCUACUUCCUGGUAACUCGGAAAAACCCCUGGGUUUUUAUCGGAGGGUUGCUGCAAGCGCUCAUCACGGCUCUGGGAACUUCCUCCAGCUCCGCCACCCUACCCAUCACCUUCAAGUGCCUGGAAGAGAACAAUGGCGUGGACAAACGCGUUACCAGAUUCGUGCUCCCGGUAGGGGCCACCAUCAACAUGGAUGGGACCGCCCUCUAUGAGGCCUUGGCUGCCAUUUUCAUUGCUCAAGUUAACAACUUAGAACUGAACUUUGGACAGAUUAUUACAAUCAGCAUCACAGCCACGGCUGCCAGUAUCGGGGCAGCUGGGAUUCCUCAGGCAGGCCUGGUCACCAUGGUCAUCGUGCUGACAUCUGUGGGCCUGCCCACCGACGACAUCACACUCAUCAUUGCAGUGGACUGGUUCCUGGACCGCCUUCGCACCACCACCAACGUGUUGGGAGACUCUCUGGGAGCCGGCAUUGUUGAACACUUGUCACGACACGAACUGAAGAACCGGGACGUCGAAAUGGGUAACUCAGUGAUUGAAGAGAAUGAAAUGAAGAAACCAUAUCAGCUGAUUUCCCAGGAAAGCGAAAUUGAAAAAUCCAUGGACAGUGAGACCAAGAUGUAGACUAACACAAAGAAAUACUUCCUUGAGCUCCAGGUGUUUGAAAACCAUUAUUCAAUGUUUCCAUCUCAUUACAACUCAUUCUCGCCAGUAAGCCCCUUCCCUCCCUUCUCCUCCCUGCCCUGACAGGAUUGGGACCUAUUCAUCCAAAAUCAAGGGAGGAUUCUGCAGUGGCCAAAAUGUAUAGUUUUCAUCCCACCCUUGAAAUUUUUAAGUCAUUUUGUGUUAGUCUUAUCUAAUAAGGUCCUGAGAUCAAAAAUAGUCCUGAUCAGAUCUUACAAGUUUCUGUGGCAUACAAUCCUGUAAAUGUGAUAGAUCUUAUAAUUUAAAGACUCAAAUACUCGGCUGAAAUCAUGGUUUUUAAAUCAACAUUCAGAAUGGAAAAAUCCUUCAGAAUACAAUUCAGUUUUAGGAUCAAAACAAAACAAAUUGAUCAGCAAUGGGUUAUUAGUUGGAUAUUAAGAGGGUUGUUUUUUUCCCCCCUUUCUCUUAUGAUUUGUGUCCUUAUUUUAUUAGUAGCAGUAUUAAUACACACCUAGCACAGCUGUAAGGAGGCAUGUAUAGAGAAAUGUCCAUGUGGCCAUGGGAAGUUAUGAAGUCUUAUCUCUAGGCCUCAGUGUUCCCAUCUAUAAAAUGAGCAAGUUCCUUAGAUGCCUUUAUGAUUGAUUCCAGUCCAAACAUCAGGUGGCACCAUGAAAGAACAUCUCCAGUUCCCCUCAGAAUGUUCUGUAGCAAGGAUCAUUCCACGGAGCAUGGGACUUUCAAAGCAGACAUUCAUUGCGAAUGAACGUUUCUAAAUAGUAGGGGGAUGGCGGUGUGGUUUACGAGGUCCUGUAUCCAAAAUGUCGGUUACACGUCACCAGACUGGAGGCAUUCCAGGAGUGGAGUUGUUCAUGAAACUCUGCUUAGUUCUUCCCAAGAGGGGACGUAUUCCUUUCUUUCUUCCCAAAUUUAAGGAACUCUUCUGGGAAGGAUGUCUCCCACCACUCCUCAACUGACCAUAGACUUUUAGAAAAUAAAAAGUAAGACUAUCAAUUAGCAAGGGUGCUUACCCGUCUUACUUUGGAACACUAAAGAGCCAGCCAGGAAAGAAUGGAGCAUGGUUGACAUUAUAAACAGAGGAUUUUAAAACACCAAGAUUAUAAGUCAUCUUUAAGGAAAAGGUGUUUUUUUAAAAAAAAAAAACACCUGAAAUGUUUUCUCUUCAGUUCAAAAAUCAUUCCCUAAGGAAGUCUGCAGAUUAAAAUAUAAGGUCACUUCUUAUAUUAUUUUAAACAAGUCAAAUGAAUGAGCUCUGUCUCUACUAGAGGUCCCAGAGUCAGGUGGGUGGUCUCUUAUUUGAAAAGGUUUUUGACUCAUCAAAAGUUCUCAGAAUGAGUAAAACAAGAUAUUUCUUUGUGUUGGAACAAAAAUCUUAAGCUGGAGUGGUGUUUGAUUUGAUUGUAUUUGUGUCCAUGAGAGAAAUGUUAGAAGAUGAAUCGGUAUGAAGCCAUGUCAGCAUGGUUCCAAGAGGAAAAAAAAAAGACUUUGGGGCAUUAGUUUCAGGCAAGGCAGCUACCAGGUUUAGAGGAGAUUUUUUUUUUUUUUUUUUUACCCUGUAAGGAAUAUGCAGUCAAAGAUGUGAAGUGGGAGCUGUCAGACAAUACCAACUGUGUUUGAGUUUCUGACUGAAAAUGGUGAAGAAUGGACUUAAUUAUGCUAACAGAUUGAAAUCUAGACAUACAUCCUCUGAUACACAAUUAGAGAUAUUUUUCUAUAGAUCACAAGCAUUACAUGUGUACAAAAGGUAACAUUAGGCUGUGGUGGAAUAACUGUUUAAUGUCAAGACUCUAUUUGGGAAAUACACUACAAAACUUAAUGUAUUAUCCAUGGCUGUCCUGACACCAGUAGAGCAAAAAUUAAUCAUGUCAAAUUAACUCUGUUACACAGUGUGAUCUUUUUUAAUACUAACCAUCUCUUACGGAAAGCAGAUCCUCUGAGAUGACCCUCUCGCCAGCCCAUCACAGGCUCUGCAUAUCACUUGUACCCAGUGUGGACUGAGAAGCGUUACUUUGUAGAUGUAUUUUCAAUAAAGAAAAAAAUUAGUUUUACAUGA